GACAGAGGCCAGUAAUCUCACAUCAAUUCAUCAAGCCUCUUUACGAUCUUGUUGUCGCUGGUUUCGUUGUCGCUCCACCUCGAUCUGCCAGAGUAGUCGCUCUCCGAGUCUGCUAGGAGCCAUACCUGCCGUCUACCUCGUCGCCGCGUCGACCUCAGCCUCCCCGUCCAAGCUCCCCCGUCUACUCCACGCUACCGACACGUUCCUUGAAUACCGCGUACUUACGUGUUCUUUGCCUCUUGCAACACCCUCGACCUACUGGACUACCCCUACCAGCUUUCUGGACUUCUCUAGUGCUACUACCUCAACUUGCGACGACCCUGCGUACAAGACGCCAAGGCUUCAACAGCACACCUCCCUGCUCGGUCUCGAUGCGCUCUACGUACAUCUCUCUCUAGACGUGCUUGGUUCCAGAAGAUAGCUGCACUUGUUGCGCUCAGAUCGACUCCAAUACCUCCGCAAACUUGCGCCAUCGCAUACAUCUCCUCCAUACCACCAUGCGCAGCAGUAGUGUGGACGCCGAGGGCGAGGAGGACGAUCUCGACAUGCCCGAAACUCAGUCGCCUAGCCUUCAGAAUGAUGCGCCCGAAGACCAGGACGAGGAAGAGGAAGAUGAAGAAGAAGAAGAUGACGACGAAGAUGCCGAUGCUGAAGCAGAUGAAGAUGAUGACGGAAGCGAAAUCGUUGGUGCUGUAAAGAGAGCUCCCACAAGGAGCAGGACUUCAAGAGCUAGGAAAAGUCGCGACCUGGAUAGCAGCGAGGACGAUGAUGAAUCUGGCUCCGACGGCGACAACGAUUCCGACUCGUCAGAAGAUUCUGCUGUCACUCAGACUCCUUGGGACAAAGAAAGCGAUACUGCUCAGGAAGGCGAUCAAGACGUUGUUACAAAUUCCCAUUGCGUGUAUUGCGGACAGGACGAAGAAAACGAUCCGAGCGAUGAGUAUGAAGAAUACCUCGAAUGUGGUCAUUGCGGGGAUCAUGCUCACAAGCAAUGCGCCAGAAACGCUAAUUCGCUUAGCCCCGAUCAAGAUACAACUCCAGCUGGUUGGUUCUGUGACGACUGUGUUGGACAUGGCUUCCAUCUUCAGCAGGAGGUCGACAGAUUGACUAUUAAUGAGGGCUCUCAACGACGAUCGUCUGUCCCCAAGCUAGCCCGUGAUCUUCUUCCUGCUGCUCGAGGUGGUAUCAAACCAAACUCACAUUCAGUGUUUAACAAUUUAAUACUGGACGAUGAUCCGAUGGAUGGUUCGCGGUCUCUUAGAAAACGUAAGAAUUCUUCCGUCGAGACUGAGGAACCACCGCGGAGGGCGACGUCACGUAAGAGAAGACGAUCGACGGCAUCAGACAGCCAAACAAACAUCAAUGUAACGCCGAGGGAUAUGGUCAAGGAGAAGUCGACGGCGACCCAAAGCAGUGGCUCGGCGAAAAGUGAAAAGUCUUCCAACACGCGCGCGACUCGACUGCGCGGCCAGCCUCCUCAAAACACAAACGCAAGAAUCAUUUCUGCCGAAACAUCAGACGACAAUCCGAAAAGUAUUAUUGUUGCCAUCCCUAUCAGUGCCGGCGCGCUUGAGAAUAUUGAACGCAACGCACAAAGAAAGGCUCGCAGACGUGAAAGAGAUAGAGCACGUCGAGCGCUCAUGGGUAACCGCAAGAGAAAGGCUGGCGCGAUGAAGAAGUCUCCUGAAGUGGAGGAGACUUUUGCUUCGUCGUCACACUAUCCUGCUGUCGCCACUACGCUCUAUGACAACCCCUACUACCCCUUUCCUGACCGCGAACUGGACACAGUGCAGGGCAAGCCAUUCGGCGGCAUCCUCACUGACGCCGAGGCUGACACAACUAAGACUUACCCUCAGCAAGGCGACCGUGACCUUUUCGAGGAAUCUCGCCGUCAAGCAGAGGAAGCCAGAAAGGCUGAACAAGAGGCUAAUCCCAUCGAGUUGCCAGUCAGAUCAAAGUCGUCCGGACUACCUACUAAGAUUAAGUACAUCCACUUCGGCGGUUGGGAGAUUGAGACACUGCACGCUGCGCCUUACCCGGAAGAGUACAAUCGUAACCCGAUCCUGUGCAUCUGCGAGUUUUGCCUCAAGUACAUGAGCUCGUCCUAUGUCGCCUUCAGACACAAGCUCAAGUGCCCUCACAAACAUCCUCCUGGCGACGAAAUCUACCGCGACAACAUCAUCGACGCCGAUGGAAACAAGAAGAGCAUUUCUUUCUUCGAAGUUGAUGGUCGCCGCAGCCCGCUUUACUGCCAAAAUCUUUGUCUCUUGGCCAAGCUCUUCCUCGGAUCGAAGACUCUUUACUACGAUGUUGAGCCAUUCCUCUUCUAUGUCAUGACUGAAAAUGACGAGUUUGGUUGCCACUUUGUCGGCUACUUCUCCAAGGAGAAGAGAGAUUGGAUGCCACCUACGGACCAACUCAGCCACGUCAACCUUUUCCCGAACUCUCAACCCGACCACGCUCAAGCCAACGCUGGCGCCAACUCUGCUGAUCCUCCUGGCAAUAACGUCUCUUGCAUUCUCGUUUUCCCUGUUCAUCAACGCCACGGAUUCGGUCGUACGUUGAUCGAGUUCUCCUAUCUUCUGACUCGUGUCGAGGGCAGAACUGGUUCUCCCGAAAAGCCGCUUUCUGAUCUCGGUCUUGUGUCUUACCGCUCAUACUGGCGUGGCGUCAUGUGCAGACUACUGCUCAGCUACAGAAACAGACCCAAGGGCUCUUUCAGUGCCACCUUCGCCGGCAUGGCACGCGAAACUGGUAUGACUAUUGACGAUGUCAUCUCUUCCCUGGAAGCUCUCCGCGCGAUUGUCAAGGAUCCGGUCACAAACAAGUACGCUCUACGUUGCGAUUGGGCCUACAUGGCAGAAUACCUCGAAAAGCACGACAAGAAGCGUCACAUCAAGAUUGAUCCCGACAAGCUCACCUGGGCACCAUACAUGAUGGGCAAACCCACGAGCUACUUCCAAGUUGGCGAAGAGGCUACCGGCCCCAUUCAGACCAAGGCCCGCCGUGAUGAGCCUGAGGACAUUCAGGCCGUGCAGCCCGAGGAAGGUGUUCAGCAGGCCCAAGUUAAUGGCACAUCGACUCCUGACCCGGAAGUCGUUAACUGUGAGGGCAUCUCUCCCAAGGCCAGUCGGAAAGCCCCUCCAUCAACCCUCACACCUCAACCCUCCUUCACCAAGGAUUCUCCCCGCCGCCGUUCACCUCGGAAAUCCCAAUCUCAGCCCCAGUCACAAGCUCAAUCUCAAUCUCAAUUUCAAUCUCAGCCCGAGCAAACCAACGGCUCAGUAGAAGAUGAUCCAGCCUCCCAAAACGACAUCUCGGACACCUCAUCAGUCAGACGCGGAUCCGCAUACACGGAGGAUAGCAUUCCCGCCUCGCGUUUCGAAAUCUUCCCACCCCUCCCGGGCCAAUCCACCAAGCGCAAGCCCGGCCGUCCCAUGGGAAGCCGCACCCGCUCCAAACUCACACCCUCCAACAGACGUCAAAACAGCAUCGAAAGCAACAACAACAAUACCAUCAUCACCGGCAAAGGCACAAGCACACCACGCGGCCGCCCCACCAAUGCAGCCCGUCGCGCCCGCAGCAAAUUGGAUGAAAUGGAAGUCGCCCCCUCCGCCGAAGAAGAAGAUGAAGUACAACGUCAAAUCUCCUCUGAACACGAACGCGCACUCGAAGAUGCCGAGGACGCCGUGGACGAGAACAGGGGUGCGGCAUUCGUGCGUCCUAGAUUCAUGGGUAGAGUUGAAGUUCCCGAACAUGCUGUUGUUGAAGACGACGAAGAUGAAGACGAAGAUGCAGAAGGAGAGGAUGUGGAGAUGGGUGAGCAAGAGGUUGGCGUUGGUACUGGAUAUGAUGGUUUUGGUGGUGUUCGUGGUCUUUCUGGAUUUCCUCCUGAUGAUGAUGAUGAUGACGAGGAGGAGGAUGAAGACGCCGAUGCAGACGGUGAUAGUGAUGAUGAGAUGGUGGAUGCGGACGCUUAGUUUUGGUCCUGAUUCCUGCAUCAUGCACACACACGCGACUUUCCUCUCACGGCUGCGAAUGAGGGCAGGCUGUCGACAGACCUGACCUGACCUCACCUCACCCCUUUGCUUUUUUCUGGUUUUCUGAUUUUUGAUCCUUCUUUCGCAAAAAAAGGGCGUUUUCUGGGCAUUGGGGAUACGAACGAUACCAUGGGAAGCCUCUAUUUUUCUCGUUUUUCUUGCUUUUUGCUUGCCUUUACUUCACUUCUUCUUUCAGCACAGGCGCUUCGUCAGGGAAGUCGAGCUUUUUUUCUUACUCUUUGUACUUUUACCACUUUCUCAGAUACCAGGAGUUUUCGGAAGCAAGGGGAGGGAAGCAUCAUUCACCACAGAAUCGGCAGUGGAGCAAGGAGGACCAUAGGGGAACUGUUGCACGUCUGUCUCACCUCAUACAUCAACCAUUAAUCACAAAAUGCAAAAUGCAACAAUUGUCAAG